GAGUAACAAUGCCCGGUUCGGGAGUAGUUUGCUAACUGAGGAUUACGAGAUUGACACCUCCUUUCACCUGUCAGACGUCCAUGGUUCUUUAAGUCUCUCAGUCCAUUCCAAAAUUCCUUUCUCACGAUCGCGCUUUCUUUCCCCUCAGACUUGGUUUUUAGGGACCAUGUCGCCUGCAUCAACAACAUGCACGUUCCUCAUGUAGAUAGGAUGUUAGUAGUAGCCUUGGUGUUUGGGAUACUGCCCUUCGCUGCGGGUCAAGUGUGUCGCCCGCCUCGGGGCCAAUACGGAUACAUUUAUUAUGCGAGGAACCAAUCCUCCCUGGACACGAUCGCGAGAAAUUGCACAACUGUGGAUGGAAGCAUUGUGAUCGCGACAAAUUUCACCGGCUCCUUUUACCUACCCAAUGUUCGCAACAUCACGGGGCUUAUUCGCGAUGAGUGGGAAAUUUACUCCGCGGGACCUACGCCCACAUCCAUCAGCCUUCCGGAUCUCGAAUUUAUGGGAAGUGAUAUGGACCUCCAGCGAAUGUCGAGUUUGACAAGCGUGUCCGCACCAAAUCUGAAGAGGGCCGGAUGGGCUAUAAGCAUGGAUUAUGUGCAGGAUGUGGAUUUGCGAUCGUUGGAAACCGUGAGAUAUCUUACCGUCGCGGGCAAACUUUCCAGUCUCCGUCUAGACUCAGUGAGAAAUGUCGCUGGAUUCGUCAAUAUCUGUAACAAAGAUAGAUGCGAUAAAAGAGCGUCUGCAGCGGGCCCACUAAAUAUCUCUCUCCCGUCACUUCAGACAGUGGGCUCCAUUGAAGUUGAUGGAAGUCUAUCAGGUCUUGCACUACCGAAUCUUACGACCAUUGAGGGUUACGGGGAAUUUGUUGGGUUUCGGCUGGCCACGGCUGAUGGACCAGCUAUCAACCUUACUUUCCCUCGUCUUAGUGAUGUGAAUGGUAGUAUGUCUUUGGAAGGGCCAAUUGGAAGUAUCUCUAUGCCCGAAGUGCGAAAUGUGACUACGUAUUUCGAGGUUGAUGCUCAUGAUCCGCUGGUCAUUGACCUUCCUCUCCAGGAGGCGUCCGAAAUCUACUUGCACGGAGCAAUUUCAAGUGUAAAGUUUCCUCAUUUGAAAUCCGUUUCCAACUUCACCGUGGAAAGCAGCCUCUCCCUGGACUGCGGAUCCGUGGAGAAUGCCAUAACAAAGACUACUAGUGCGCCAAGGUAUCAAGUACACUGCAAAUCUGACUCGAAGAAAAGCUCGAAGAAGUUAGGCACUGGAGCCAUCGUCGGUAUUGUAGUUGGUGUUGUGGUCGGUGUCGCUGGACUUGCAAUCAUCCUUGGUGUGCUCUAUUACCUCAAAAGGCGGAAGAGGCAGCGAAAAAAUCCAGAUUCCAGUACAGAGCCCAGUGACUCGAGCCCACCAAAUCAUGAAGAACUACAGGGUACACACAUCUCCCCACCAAAGUACACUACUCCGUUGGGGUCGACGUGAGUAUUUGUGGUUACCAAUGUGGGGUGGUGACACCUGCACAGCGCUUCUGGUGACUUAUAUCCCAAUGUCUAUGAUAAUUAGAAUUAAUAAUAUACGGGA